UCCGGGGUUGCCAAGGCGACGGCUCCCUAGGCUGCGGGUCCGCGCACUCCCCAGCCAGUGGGCCUCCCUCCGGCGGAGGCAGUGGGGGAGGCCGGAGGGCGGCGGCCGAGGAGCGCGGCGCACGGCCCGGCCCGGCCCCCCCUCCCGGCGCAGGGGCAGGCCGGGGCGGGGGGCCCCGUCGGGGCUCGGGCGGCGGCGAGGCGAGGCGAGGCGAGGCGAUGCCGGGCGGCGGCCGCGGCCCCGGCCGGGGCCCGUGACCAUGGGCAUCGCCGAGUCCACGCCGGACGAGCUGCCGUCGGAGGCGGAGGAGCAGCUGCGCAGCGGCGAGCAGCAGCUGGAGCUGAGCGGGCGGCGGCUGCGGCGCCUGCCCUGCGCCGUGUGCGCGCUGAGCCGGCUGCGGAAGCUGUACGUGAGCGGCGCGGGGCUGCGCGAGCUGCCCGACGAGAUCGAGGAGCUGCGCGAGCUGCGCAUCCUGGCGCUCGACUCCAACAAGCUGGAGCGGCUGCCCGACGGCCUGUGCCGCCUGCCGCGCCUCACGCGCCUCUACCUGGGUGGCAACCGCCUGCUGGCGCUGCCCGCGGACUUCGCGCAGCUGCAGAGCCUGCGCUGCCUCUGGAUCGAGGGCAACUUCCUGCGGCGCUUCCCGCGGCCGCUGCUGCGCCUGGUGGCGCUGCAAUCGCUGCAGAUGGGCGACAACCGGCUGCGCGCGCUGCCCGCCGAGCUGCCGCGCAUGACCGGCCUGCGCGGCCUCUGGCUCUACGGCAACCGCUUCGAGGAGUUCCCGCCCGCGCUGCUGCGCAUGCGCCGCCUGCACAUCCUAGACCUGGACCGCAACCGCCUGGGCGGCUUCCCGGACCUGCACCCGCUGCGCGCCCUGCGCGUCUUCUCCUACGACCACAACCCGGUCACCGGGCCCCCGCGCGUCGCCGACACCGUCUUCCUCGUGGGCGAGGGCGCCGUCGAGCGCAUGGCCGAGCGCGACGAGCCAGCGUCCCGGCCGCCGCCCCGCCGGCCCGCGCGGGCCUUCGACGACGAGGAGGAGGAGGACCUGCUGCUGGGCGGCGGGGGGCCCCGCGCGCUGGGGGGCCCCGGGGGCGUCCUGGACCCCGUGCAGGGGCGGGGCAGCUGAGCCCGCGCGGGGGCGACCACUCGGGGCUGGAGGGGGGCGAUGCGGAGGGGGAGCUUGGACAUGGGGGUGCGGGCAGCUUUGGACACUUUAGGGGUGCGAGGGAGAGCUCUCCUCCUACACCCCCGACGCCAUCCCAGGGUGGAUCUGCAGCCCACGGAACCUCUUAGAAAAGAGCCCCGCAAGCUGCCUCCUGGAACCGGGCACCCUCCUUCCUCUCCUCCCCCACCCCCCCCCCCGCUUCCCAGGAGCUUGCAAAGCCCCCCUUCCUGGAGUUUGGAGGAGCUUGACAGUCCAUUCCAAUGCAGCCAUCGCUCCACUUGAGUGGGGGGGGGCUCGUACCCCCCCGUGAGGCACAGCCGCCCUGGGAGGAGGGCCUGGGAGGUGGGAGUGGCAGACUGGCACCGGGGCCCAACCCCGCAGCCGUCCUGCCCCCUCUGCCAGGGCUUCACGGUGCAGACCUCUCUCCUUCCCCUGCCCCGGGGGCUUGUAUGGGGAACGGAAAGUGGGGUCUCCCCUCUCUGGAACCCUACCCCCCCCCAC